CACACACACACUAACACACACACACACUCACUCACACACUCACCCUCCUCCAGCCCCACCGCCCACACCAUGGCCGCGCCUGCCCUGUCCGUCUGUUCCAGCAACCUGAGCUACGGCAGCCGGGUCUGCCUGCCCGGUCCCUGUGACUCCUGCACCGGCUCCUCCUGGCAGGUGGACGACUGCCCAGAGAGCUGCUGCGAGCCCCCCUGCUGCGCCCCGGCCCCCUGCCUGAGCCUCCUCUGCACCCCAGCGAGCUGUGAGCCCUGUCCUUGCCCAUCUGCCUGCACCAGCUCCUGCACGGCCUUGUGCUGCCCGCAGUCUAGCUGCCAGCCCUCCUGCUGCACCUCCUCCCUCUGCCAGCAGGACUGCUGUGCGCCCCUCUGCUGCAGGCCCGUGUGCUGCACACCUGUCUGCUGCAGGCCCGUGUGCUGCAGGCCUGUCUGCUGCAGGCCCGUGUGCUGUGAGCCCACCCCCUGCCCCUCGUCCUGCUGCAGACCCUCCUCCUGUGUGUCCCUGCUCUGCCGCCCCGUGUGCAGACCCACCUGCUGUGCCCCCGCCCCCUCCUGCCAGCCCAGCUGCUGCCACCCAGCCUCCUGCGUGUCCCUGCUCUGCCGCCCCAGGUGCUCCCGCUCAGCCUGCUGUGUCCCCGAUUCAGCCUAGAAGUCCGGCUGCUGACCCUUCCUGCUUUUAUCCAGGGUCCUUUCCCUAGCAGGAGGCCACCCUCCCAGCCAGCUGCACCCUCUCUCGCUUUAACAACCACAGGGAACAGAAUGUGAGCCCCUUCACCUGGCCCCGCCCCUCAUCUCAAGGACUCGAGCUGCUCACCAAGUCCCUUCUGAUGCUGGUCCCUCGGGUGCCCCAGGAGACGCACUGCACCCCCUGAACCCUAGGGUGCUGUCCUCACCGCAGCAGGCCUGUUCCCACCCCAGGACGUGACAUAACCUCUGAGUCCUAAUAAAGCCACCUCCAUCUCAAUGACCUGUCCUGUCUGUGGA